CUACUUAAUGCCAGAACAGAGUAAAGUGAAACCCGCUUGUCUCCAAAGAACACAAUGCAUUUCUUUACUCUGGUCCUUGGGAUCUGGCUUCUUCCAAAAGUCAACACCCUGACAUGUUAUGAGUGUGUACCGGGACCCUCUGGAAGUUGCACUGAGACAACCAAACAAUGUCCCACAGGAGAUUAUCAGUGUGGAGCAAUCAGAUUUUUAACAUAUGCAGGAGCUUCACAAAUGUCUGAUAUUCAAGCAAAGAAGUGUACUUUGGCUCAAGAAUGUAUUACUGGUUCAGUCAACUUUGGAGUUGCCAAAACCAUGUUGACCAGCAAGUGCUGCAACUCUGACCGUUGCAACAGCCAACCUGUUCCUGAUGCCAGCCAAUCCUCUCCAAAUGGCAAAAAAUGCUUCACCUGUGAAGGAGAAACAUGCACUAAAACUGUAAACUGCGAAGGGACUGAGGAUCACUGCAUCAAAACAACAGUGGUUGCAGGAGGAAAUAAGAAUACAUGGAAGGGCUGUGCCUCCAAGACGAUUUGCACAGCUGCUUCAAAUCCGCAGCUUUCAGGAGUUGUUGGAGCAGAAAUUAACUGCUGUCAGGGCGACUUCUGCAACAGUGCCAGCAGUGCAAGCGCCGGCCUGCUGCUGUUGAUGGGGCCACUUAUUUCUUUGGUCUUGUUCUUUUAGCUGAUGAAGACAGCAGCAUCAUUGCCCAGUUUUUCUUAUCAUAUUGGUUUAAUUAAAGAGUUAACACCCCUGUUCUUCUUUCAGUACAUGCGUGUGUUUGACAAUGGUAAAAACAUUUUAGGAAGAUACGAUGUAAAGGAAAGGCAAAAUGUUAAUUGCUUCUAACGGUGACUUUUUUCCCUCUUUUUUUGAGUGUGUGUGCCUUUAGAAACCAGAUGUAGUGAAAACUAUUUCAAUAUUAUUGAUGAAACAUUAAAUAUACAGAUACAUUUUUUUUGUCUCCAUUAAUGAUUCAAUUUUGUCCUCUGUGGAUGCUCGUUUGUUUGGGAUUUGCAUACAAACUAAUGUAGUGGUUAAGUCAGGACAUGGCAAAUGUUUCUGUAUUAAGUUUUAACAAGUAGGAGUCAGAUAAUGGGCUUACAGGGAAACUGUGUUGAGCUGCAGUCAAUUAACACUGAAUCAGGAAAUUGGAAUAUCCAGAGAUAAACAACAGGUUAGAGAGUGGAGGAGAGAGUCUAGAAAUUUCUGUGACUGUAUUUACUAUUAAACUAUAUUAUUGUUUGUAAUAAAACUCUUAAAAUGAGGAAACAGAGCGUUUUGUCUGAUUCUUAAAUCUAAGCAGCGUGAGGUUUGUAUGUGUUAAAGCGUGUACUACGGUAAAUGUACAUGAAUAAUGGACACUAUGCUCCACCAAUCAUAACAUGGUUACCAGUUCAACUUGUUUAAAUGUUUUUUCUUGCAGUGUAUUGUAAUUUACAAAAAUGGAUUUACAAUCUUUAUCUGUAUGGAUUUUG